AUGAUAAUAUCUGGCAAAAAGGCAGGGAAGGCCAAGGCAAGUCGCUUUCUGGAGGCCGGACGUCUCCUCUCGCAUAUCCGACUGUUCUCUUCGGAUGAGAAUGAGAAUGGCUUUCUAAGGCUACGCACAUCAUGGCUUUGGAGCCAAUUGCAUGAAUGCCAGGGAGAAAUGCAGCAAGCUUUCCUUGCAGCGGAGCAAACACUCGCUAUUGUUGAAAGCCUUAUCGUUAGUUCCAGCGGGCUAGUCCCAGACUGCUCAGGUCCAGAUUUGUCUGGAUAUUCAUUUGCGGAACUUACAAACGUGUUGUCCCGGCGGAUAUCCAGUCUGAAGAUGGCGAAAGACUUAGAAAAAGCGCGAGAAGAACUUUCUAGGAUGGGCACUGGAGAUACUGAAGCCGCAAAGAGAACUGUUUCCAUUUUGUCAUCUUCUGUCCAUGAUGCUGUGCGUCAUUUAGGACUAGACGGAUGGCGUGGAGAUGAUCUAAGGACAGAAUUUUCUUGUCCAUCUGAGCUGGAGGCUUGGGAGAGAAGACUUGAUGCCGAAACGGAACUGGAACCGAGAUUGGCGGUGUUUGGAGAGGCAUGCACGAAGUCAUCGGACCUUGUCGGUGAGCUCGUCUGUUUCUCAGUCCGCUUGCGCAUGGGGGUUCAUUACUAUGCCGCAAAAUUGCGAAGCGAGAAAGAUGGGGACCACAAUAGCGGUGGUAAAGGACCUGAUUCUAGCUCUGGGAGGUUAAGCGAUUUGUUGGUUCAAAUACGAAGAUUCGUUGCUUUACUGAAGAAACUUUCUAGUCCAGCAUGUUGGACAUUGUGGAAUUCUGAGGUUGGGGUUAGCGGGUGGUCCAUGGAAGAAGCAGCGAGAAUUUCUGCCCUUGCGCUUGUAUCGCUGACAUCACUGACCAUCAGCAAGAUCCCGUCUCUAAGGUAUGCAGCUUCAAACACGGACUUAAGUGGAUCUCAAAAGAAUGUAAGGCUUGGAUUUACCCGAUGUAUGCUUGCAUUUGCUCGUUCCUUGUUUAUCAUCCAAAGGUGUAUGCCAAGCAACCCGUUAAGAACAGAAGUGUUCUCGGCAUAUUCGCACUCAUCCGAUGGCCCAGAGACCAGAACAAUGCUAUAUGUGUUGCAUUUAUGUUUGAAGUCCCUUGUUGCUAGGGGAUGUUGUCGCGAGGAGGGAACAAGCGGCGCACUGAUUAAGCUCUACGCAAAGUUCCUAUGUCUUCGCGUUCAACAAAUGGCAGUACAAAAUCAGGAAACGGCUCUGGCAAAACUUCAAGGAGGGCAUGGCAGAGACCAACUUUCUGUAUCAGCAAACGCUGGGAAGGAAAACCUGGUUGGAGAGGCCGCUUUAUCCAGCGUUUCCAAGGGUAUUUCCAAGGAUGGAUCCCAAAGUUCUUCGCAAGAGUCUGCCGACGAUUCGAGAGAUGAGGUUUCAGACUUGAAGGACGAUCCCGAUUAUGAGUGGAAGAUUGGCAGCUUACUGCGGCAUGAACUCGCGCAAUGUUAUCAAUGCUUGUAUCAUAUCCCUGAGUUACAAUCGCCAUCCAUUCCAUCGACGACUUUGAAUAGCAAGCGUUGGUUGGAAGAUGGCUGUCGAGUGAGCAAGCAUAUUGGCCUUUCAUUCACAACUGGUGAUCCCACUACAACAGGAACUACUAUGGAUGUCGAUGUCUGCAAAAACGUGUUCCUUUUCUACAGGAAGCUGAUCUUCGAGGGUGUGUGUCGCCGAAGGCGUGAUGGAGGCCGGGCAAAACGGCUUCGCGAAGUGUUGUACAGAUUGGCAGAGAGUUUACCUGCAGAUGCGCCGCACACUGUUCCCAUGGUCCCUUUUCGUGCUCUUAACAAGAUCGUGGGAGAUGUAGUCGAGACAAGCACCGAUAUUUCUCGGGAAGCUGCGGAGAAUGUUUCAAAGUUAGAAGACGAAUGGAAUCAAUGCAAAUCGAAGUUUUACGGGCCAGAGUCCUUAGAGGAGAAAACGCGACGACUGCAAAUGUCGAUCGUAUUCUUCGAGGUUUUCGCAUUGCAUGCCAUGUCUAUAUUUUCUGCAUACGACGCAGAAUACAAGAAGCACAAGACUGCAGAACGGAGAAAGCGUCCGAGAGAAGUGGCAGAUAGACUCUUUCAGGCUUCUUCGGAAUGCAUAAUUGCUCUCCGUAUCCGUCCAUGGAGCGUUGGCGCUUGGAUCCUGCUGGGCCGAAUAUAUGUGGAGAUUGCGGACUUGGCUUUGGAUGAAAGGGAGUUGAGUUUGUCGUCUUUCGGUCUUUGCAGGGCGGAAGAUCUUCAAACACUUGGAGAGGGUGACACGAUUGAAACACUGUAUUUUGGCAGUGCUGAAGCUUGUUUCGGUUUUGCUGACUCUUUACUAAGACAUCCCUGGGCACAAAACGCCGCAUCAGAGCGUCUUGAUUCAUGUGUAGCAGAAGUUUUGGGAUAUGCGUUUGAAGAAGAUGAGGAUGAACCGUGGUGUGGGUUCGGUGAUGAUGGUGACAUCUUUGGUUCAUUUGGGCUAACAAAUACCACCACGUCGCGACCAGUUUUGAUGUAUGAGGAUCACCCUGCAAAGGUUGAGAAAAAGAAAGAUGUCUGUCGGCUAUCUGCAGUGCGUUUCGGCGAGGCUGCAGUGGGAUUCCUUCGCCUUCAAGAGCGGCGAUUCUACCACAUACACUGGACUAAGAGUACGAUCGGAACAUUGUUUCCAACUCACCCGCAAAAUCGGUAUUCGGGAGAAAUACUGGCCAUGGCGUCAACUGCACUACAAAAGCUCAGGGAAGGUCUUGGUUGGGGAGGUUUUCGCAGGGAUGAGUGGCCCGAGUACGAUUUAAGCAAUACGAACGCGAUCUCUGAAGGCGAUGAUGCAACGGAGAGUUGCGAUUCAAUUGCAGAAUGGCGUGAAGGGUACACUGGAGUAAAACGAUUGAAAUGGUACUUCUCGCUCCUCGAAGCAAAGCUGAUGGAAAAGUCGGGAGACCCGCCCGAAAAAUACAUCCCCAUGUUUCAUAGAGCGCUUGAAGAGAACCGAACUCUAAGAGAGCGUCUUAAACAACCAGUGGAUAUUGAACCGCUGUACAAGCUACACGCAACGCGAAUGAAAAUACUUCGUGUGACAGAGGAUGAUGUUAGUGCUUCCGGCUUUCUGAUGCUGCUUGAAAAAUAUUCUUUCAAACCAGGUCCCGUUUCGACAGCAAUGGAGGUAGAGAAGUGGUGCGACAAUAACGUUGAAGAUUGGAUAGCCGAACGAAAGAAUGCAAUCGCCGAAGAUAUCCUCUCCGCAAUGCAGUACUGCCGCGACGUGAAGUCCGGUGUACCGUAUUCGGAGUAUCACUUCAAGUCGACCUACUGCCGGGCAUUGGUGCUAUCAGAAGUCCUAAAGGAUACAUCUGGUGCGGUGCUAGAACUGAACAAAUUCUUCCGCAUGGACGCUGCAACCAAAGUUUUGGAUCAGGGCCGGGGCGCCGCGCAUCGAGGUUACUUCUACAAAAUGUGGAACUACCGGAUCACGGACACCGGGGUCGAACCGACUCUGGAACCGGAGCGAAAAUGGGUGCGAUGGCGUGGGAAAAUCCUGGGCCUGUAUAGUCACCUCCUGCAGCAAGGUGGGGAAUGGCGGAUGCUAGCAGCGAUAAUUAGCCGUCUGAAACGGCGAACGUCGGAAGAUCUUCCCGUGGACGGGGCGGUGCUGGACGACCUGAUCCGGGCGUACGCGCUUACAAGUCGAACAGCGAUCCUCAACUCGAUGGACAAAGGGAUCGUGACGAGCGUGUCUGUGUUCGAGGGGUCUUUCUUCAGGACGUGGGACAUAUAUGUGGAGUCGCUCCGGCUGGCGCAAGGGAUCAAGCGAGUGCAGGCGUGCUUGCGGCGCGGGGACCGCAACGAGACCGGGGCGGAGCGGCUGGUCGGGAGCGGGCGGCCGUGGUGUCUGAUGGCGAUCCAUACGGCGCUGCGGCUGGAGCAUCUGCGGUGGAAGUCAGCUGUGGACGGGGGCGGGGUGGAUCGCGAGGCGGCGCACGCGCUGCCCGUGGACGGGGGAAUGGGGGACUUGGACGUCCCAACGAGGAGGUGGUUUGUGGAGACGCUCGAGGUUAGCGCGGGCAAAUGGGCGUUGGAUGAGAAGAUGAUGAAGCUGCUGCAGCGGCGGAUACGAGAGUAUUCGGCCCCGCCAACCGCGGGGGGGGGACGGGAUUUCGUGCCAAUGAGAGCAUGAAAGGGCAAGAGCGAAAGACUGCUACACAGAAGGUUGGAGAAGAUAGGGGAGGCGCUGUGUACUGUACUGUGAAGGGCCAGUACUGCAGGCCAUACCACGGACCUUGCUGUUGUUGCGAAGAACCACAAGAAGCAGUACAAUAACUUGUAGACGACUUGUGCGUUUCAUUUGAGCAAAACGAGCCAUGUCGCCAGAGCCCGUCCCAACGUCGCAACACAGCAAAUCACAUCAUGACAUCGGUUGCAAUCGAGCGGAGCCUUUUGAGGCAUUUACAGUAUCUUCCCUGCCUGAUACGUGUACACGUCGCCAGCGAACACAGGUGCCACAGCGCGGCAGCCCUUGCCAACCUCGACCCCUGUAUUAAGGUUGCCCGUAAAGUCACGAAAACGCGUGUUUUGGCGGCGAGUUUGCUCGGAUUUUCUCAACGCAAAAUUUUCGAACAACGCGUUUGGCAAAACUCACCAGCAUACCGAAAACUCGGGGCAUGUGAGUUUUCCACGAGUUUCACAUCCGCCUGAUCACAGCUGCCGGAUCGGCCCGUCUUGAAGGAAAACGAAGUGGGUCUUCCGUUCUUUUCAUCAGCACAAACGAGUCUCAGACUGCACGAGUCGUAUCGAUAUGUGUCAUGGACGCCACUAUCGCUUCAUCUGCGCAGAGUCCAUCAAUGGAUCGAAGCGCGACAGGACCUGCCACAGAUGCCGCCGAAGCAACCGCGAAAGAUAGACAAGUAGAAGCUUCUAAAAAGCUGUCCUCUCCAAACGGCCCCCCUCAGCCUGUCAAGAAGACGAAACACAUCGCCCUAUCGACUGAGAACCUUUCUGUCCUUGUGGCGGGGCUACAAUGCUUCAGCGAGUAUUCGCGCAGGUGCACGUGAUCCGUCGGGCGGCACAACGAUGUACCAGACUUGCGUUUGUGGCGGGCAGGUACCUUGCUGGAGGUCAGUCCGCAAAACUCUUGGUGGGAUUUUUCGAACUCGGGUUUACGUUGCGUCCACCGACUUCGUGAACAAAUGGAAAAAAACAACGCGUUAUUUUACGGA